ACACUGAACAAAUAUUGUACGUUUCUUUUGCUUAAAGGAGCUUCUGUCUAAAACUUCAACUGGUAAACAUAAAUGAUAAAAAUAAAGCUCGGAAAUAUUAAUACAAAUUUAGAGUGCUUUUAAAAGAUCGCCUUUAAGGCAAUAAAAUGGGUGGCUUUUUGGAAAAACCGGAAACUGAAAAGCAUGUUGAAGAGGGUUCCGGAAACGAUCUGCGAUAUUGCAUAUGUUCUAUGCAAGGCUGGCGCCUGGAAAUGGAAGAUGCCCACACAGCUGUUUGCAGUAUAAAAGAACCCUUCAAUCUGUGGUCGUAUUUUGGAGUAUUCGAUGGUCAUGCUGGUAAUCAUAUAUCACAAUAUUGUGCAGGGAACUUGCUUAACACCAUACUAGAAAGCGAAGAUUUUGCAAUGCAAAAAUAUGAAGCUGGGAUACGAGAAGGUUUUUUGCAGUUGGAUGAGGACAUGAGGAAGGACUAUCAGGACCAGCCAGGUGGUUCGACGGCCGUAUGUGCCUUCAUCUCGCCGGAAAAAAUAUUAUUGGUCAAUUGUGGAGACUCGCGUGGUGUUAUAGCGCGAAAUGGAGGAGGUCUUACCAGCACUACGGAUCACAAGCCAUUUUCUCCCAAAGAAAGAGAACGCAUUCAAAAUGCCGGUGGGAGUGUUAUGAUUAAUAGAGUUAAUGGCACUUUAGCAGUUUCCCGGGCAUUAGGAGAUUAUGAGUUCAAAAAUAACAUGACCAGGAUGCCUGCAUCUCAGAUGGUCUCCCCAGAACCAGAUAUUAUAGUUCGCAAACGUACCGAAAAGGACGAAUUCAUAGUACUGGCCUGCGAUGGAGUUUGGGAUGUGAUGAGUACCACAGAUGUCUGUCAAUUUAUUCGUUCGCGUCUCUUGGUAACCAAUGAUCUACCUUUGAUUGUCAACAGUGUUCUAGACAUUUGCCUGCACAAGAGCAGCAAGGAUAAUAUGACCCUGCUCCUCGUACUUUUGCCUAAUGCACCCGCAAUCGAUAUGGAUGCCAUAAAAGCCGAGCGAGUUCUCGAUCAAAAUAUUGCCCAAAUAGCGAAAGAAGUCCUUGAAAAGCAUGAAAUCCAUGAUUUUGAAUCCCUUAUUCGUCUGAUGAACAGAAUGGCCAAUAAUAUUCCAAAUCUUCCACCAGGCGGUGGUAUUUAUGCCAAAUAUUAUAUUAUCGAGAAGGUGUUUCAUGAGAAAUUUCCUGAUGCUCCUAAGGAAAUUUAUGAUUAUUUUACUAUAUAAAGUUUUUGUUGUGAAUUAAGAAAUCAAGAUAGGGAAAUUAAUUACACAUUUGUUCACAGUUAGAAACUGACUGAUUUGCUCCGCA